CUGACCCAACAGAGAGAGAGGGGGCAGUGCUAGGUGCAGGGGACCAGACUGCCUGCCUGCCUGCCUCGUUCACCAGGUCCUGCUCUGCAACAUGGGGAAGUACAAGCUCUCCUUUAGCCCAAGCAUCGUCCUCCUCCUCCUCUUCCUCUUCCCUGGAGACACCUCGGCCACCACCGAACCGCAGUACAUGGUAUUAGUGCCUUUCCUUAUCCAAACUGAGGUUUCGAAUGAAGUCUGCAUCCAACUGAGCUACCUCAAUGAGACCGUGACUCUUAGUGCCACACUGGAACACACUGGGGGGAACAAGAGCCUGAUUGAAGACGUGGUAGCUGAGAAGGAGCUGUUCAAAUGCAUCUCAUUCAAACUUCCCAGAUUGAAUAGAACAGCAGUGGCAUUUCUCAGUGUGCUGGUGAAGGGGCCGACACUGAAGUACCAGAGCCGGAAAUCUGUGCUGGUGAAGGACCCGGAGAGCUUGGUCUUUGUUCAGACGGACAAACCCAUCUACAAACCAGGACAGAAAGUUCUGUUCCGGAUCGUCUGCCUGGACAACGACUUCCGGCCCCUGAACAAGAAGUUUCCUUUAGCCUACAUUCAGGAUCCCCAGAGGAACCGUGUGUACCAGUGGCAAGGGGUGGAAUUGACUGGGGGCCUCAUCCAGCUCUCCUUCCCCCUCACCUCAGAGCCCAUCCAAGGGCAAUACAAAGUGGUGGUGCAGAAGGACUCGCUGGAAAACGUAGAACACUCCUUUUCUGUGGAGGAAUACGUGUUGCCCAGGUUUGACGUGCUGGUGAAGCUGCCCAAGGUGAUCACUAUCAAUGAUGAGGAACUGCAAGUGUCCGUCUGUGGUCUGUACACCUACGGGAAACCUGUUUUUGGAGCAGUAAAUGUCCGUGUAUGCCGGAAGUUUUCCAGUCCCAGGUCACACUGCUAUGGAGAACGGGAAAACGCAGUAUGUGAGGAAUUCACCCAGCCGGCAGAUGCACGUGGCUGUGUCUCCAAUGUGAUAAAGACCAAGAUAUUCCAACUCCACCGAACAGGGUACCACAUGAAUAUUGAAGUGCAAGGCAAGAUCACAGAAGAGGGGACAGGGGUAGAGCUAACUGGAACAGGCUCCUGUGCAAUCACAAAUGUCAUGAGCAAAAUCAGCUUUGAAUACGUGGACUCUCACUACAGACCAGGAAUCUUCUUUUACGGGAAGGUGAAGAUGGUGGAUGGAUCAAAUGCUCCUUUGGCCAAUGAAACAAUCAAGCUUUAUGUGCCUGGGGACAAGAUUGAUCGCAACUACACAACAGAUGAGCAAGGAACCGUUUGGUUUUCCAUAGACACUACAAACUUCACAGCUGCCUCCAUUAAUAUCCAGGCAAGACAUAAAUCUACAGAGUACUGCUACGAUAGUAACUGGGUCGUUCCUGAAUAUGGUACUGCCAGUCACAGUGCAACUCGGUUUUAUUCCCCAAGUAAGAGUUUCCUUAAAAUUGAGCCCCAGCCCGAGACAUUACCCUGCGACUCUGACUUGGAGGUGCGUGUGCACUACAUCCUGACACCAGAGGCUGUGGGAGAGGAGGAGGAAAUCACCUUUUACUAUUUGGUGAUGUCAAAGGGAGAAAUUGUGAGAACGGGAACUAUUACAGAGCCUGUGAUAUCUGAGAAUAAUUUAAAAAAAUUAACACUGAUGCUACACGUGGGCCCUGAAAUUGCUCCCCUGGUACGGAUACUUGUCUACACCACUGUGCCUAGUGGGGAAGUUAUCGCCAACUCAGCAGAUUUCCAGGUCGAAAACUGCCUCCCCAAUAAGGUCAGCUUGGUUUUCAAACCUCCUCGUGGCACCCCAGCCUCCAGCACUGACUUGACUCUUGGUGCCUUCCCAAAAUCCCUGUGUGCUGUCCGGGCAGUAGACAAGAGUGUCCUCCUCAUGAAGCCUGAAGCUGAACUCUCAGCUAGCUCUGUAUACAGUUUGCUCCCACUGAAGCAACUCAAGGGUUAUGGCUACAAAGGGCAUUAUUUAGAGGAAGAGGAUACAAACCCGUGUGUGUCACUUGACCCCAUCUUACUAAAUGGUUUCAUCUACCAGCCCAUGUCUCCUGAUGGUGAAGGGGACGCCUACAGCAUUCUCAAAGACCUGGGUUUAAAAGUCUUCACCAGCACCAAGGUCCACAAGCCUGAGAUCUGCCGGCAUUAUGUCUCCGCAGGCAUAGCUUAUGAGCCAAUGCGUGCAGGUGCAAGAUAUAGUGAAGGUAAGAGUACCCCUUCCCCUCCCCUUCUGAGCUCAUCUCCACCCCUGGGGCUCCCACCCCACAUCUCCCCUACCCCUUGGGACUUACCCUCUGUCCCUGCCACCCCCAGGGCUCUCCCCGACCCUGGGGCUCUCCCAUGCUCCCUGAAGCUCUCACUCUGCCCUGCAUUCCUCGCAGCUCAUUCCUGCUUCCCAUGUCUCCCAACUCAUAUUUGACUGCCAGCUCUGGCCUCAGGGAGCAAGCAGGGAAGAGGAAGUCACCCAGCCACCACCACUACCAUCUCCAGGCUGUCGCUGCUCUCCGGGCUGAGCCCAGACCAGAGAACAGCGACAGCAAUGGCUGGACAGACGGGUUCUCCUUCCCUGCUUGCUCUCCUGGGACAGCAGCAGCAGCCACAGGUGAGCUGAGG